AUGAACGCUUUAGCUAUAAAGUAUCUGCACUGUGGACUUGGACCCCAUGAACAUAAUCGUAUCAUGGGAUGCAAGUCUGCUAAACAGAUUUGGGAUUUGUUACAGGUAACUCAUGAAGGUACUAACGAGGUAAAAUGUUCUAAAAUAGAUUUAUUGAUGUCUAGGUAUGAAAGAUUUAAAAUGCAAUCCAAAGAGACCAUAGAAGAGAUGUUUACCAGAUUCAAUGAUAUUAUUAAUGAACUGAACUCCCUUGGCAGGCAAAUUCCUAUUGAUGAACAGGCAAGGAAGAUCUUAAGAAGCCUACCACAAGAUGAACGCUGGAGAUCCAAGGUUACUGCCAUGCAGGAAGCUAAGGACUUUACUAAGUUCAAUAUGGAACAACUAGCUGGAUCAUUGAUGACUCAUGAACUUCAUCUAAGUUUCAACACUGAAAGUUCCAGAAAUAAAGGUUUGGCACUCAAGGUCGAAGACUCAGAAGGAUCAGAUGUUGAUGAAGAAGAGAUGGCUAUGCUAGUGAGGAAAUUUAAGAAGAUGAUGAACAAUAGGAAGUUUGAUAGGAACAAGAAGUAUACAAGUUCCAGAAACACAACGUGUUUCAAGUGUGGAUCAAAGGAUCAUUUUAUCAAAGAUUGUCCUGUUCAGGAUGGAGAGAAAGGAAAGACUAAAGGCAAGGAGCAAUCCAAGGAGUCAAGAGUCUACAAGCCUUACUUCACCAAGGACAACGUUAAGAAAGCCAUGCUUGCUGCUUGGGGAGAUACAGAUUCAAAAGAAGAAGAGGAGGAUCAACCAUCAGAAGAAACUGCUCAUUUAUGUCUAAUGGCAAAAACUGAUGAAGCUGCCAAACUGAAGGAGCUUGAGUCUGAGGUAUGGUUCUCUUACAAUAAAUUAAAACAUCUGUCUAAAGAGAAUCUAAUAGAUACUGUUUUGGAAAUCCAAGAAGAUCUAAAAGAAUUGCAUAAAUCCGAACAUCUAAGUGAUAAAGCUUUGAUAACUUACAAAGAGAACAGUGAAUGGGUUGAUAACAUGAAGUUUGACAUUCAAUACAGGUUCUUCAGUCUGUUUGAUGACCAUAAAAUUCUAAAAGAGACUCUAGAGAACUUAAAACAAGAUAACAUACUCUUGAAUGUGGAAUUGUCUUUGUUAAAACUGAGUGUUGAUACACCUAACUCUGAAGUUCCUCCACCGACUGAUUAUCCAAAUUUUGAAAAAUUGAAACAUGAUUUGGAAGAGUUAAAAAUGGAUAAGGCACGUGUUGAGGGGGAACUUGAGAGGGCUAGGAAAGGUAAACAACCAAUAGAGUAUAGAGUUCCUGAUUGGAUCACUAAGGCUCAAACUAAGAAUACUGAAGGGCAUAAGCAAGCUAAGUGCCCUAAGAAAGAACAAAGCACUCAGAAGAAUAUCAAACAUGUAAAACAAAUCUGGGUUCCAAUAGGAAGGUCACGUUCCCAUGCUAUUGAUAAUGUAUUUUUGGUCGAGGGCCUCAAGCACAAUUUGUUAAGUAUUUCUCAGUUUUGUGACAAAGGUAACUCUGUUAGCUUUACUUCAAAUAAGUGUAGAAUCAUCCACAAUUACACUGGGAACAUUAUUUUAGAAGGAACUCGAAAAGGGAACACAUAUGUUGUGGAUCUUAACGAGGUUCCUAACAGUAGUUUAACAUGUCUUAGUGUUAUUGAGGAUGAUCCUCUUUUAUGGCACAAAAGAUUUGGCCAUGCAAGCUUUUCUUUACUGGAUAAAUUAAGAUCUAAGAACUUAGUGGAAGUACUUCCUUGCAUUAAGUUCCUGUAUGACAAAGUGUGCGAAGCUUGUGCUAAAGGUAAACAGACCCGAAUUUCUUUCAAGUCCAAAAAGAUGAAAGAACAGAGAAGAACAGGUAAUCAGUUGAUACAUCUUAGAUCUAACCAUGGAACAGAAUUUGAGAAUUCAAAAUUUGAUGAGUUUUGUGCUGAGUAUGGUAUGGAUCACAAUUUCUCUGCCCCAAGAACUCCACAACAAAAUGGAGUAAUGGAACGCAAGAAUAGGAGUCUUGAAGACAUGACAAGGACAAUGUUAAUAUCAAGCAGGCUGCCUAGGAAUUUCUGGGCUAAGGCAGUGAACACAGCAUGUUAUAUACUCAACAGAGAUUGUGAUGAUGAUUUCGAAAUUGGACUUGUGCGUAAGCAAAAUCCAGAUGAGGAACUAGCAUCAUUGCAGAAGCAGCAUGGUGAAGUUGCAGAAGUAACAAAUAAUGAAACAAAUGCUGAACCAGAGUUGGAGAAUGCACCAGGAACUCCACUUCAUGAACAGACUGAAGAUCUUAAUGAAGGCCAAAAUGUGGAAACUCCUGAAGAAGUUCAACCUGAGUUCCAGAAUCAAGUUCCUACAGAAGAACCAGUCAACAAUAAUGAAGAGAGGAUGUAUCCAAUCAAAGAUUUCACUCCAAGGCCCUGGAAAUAUCAGAAAUCUCAUCCAGUUGACACAAUCAUGAGUGACAUCACAAAAGGAACUCAAACCAGAUCUCAGCUUAGGAACUUCUGUGCAUUCAAUGCAUUUCUUUCUUCCAUGGAACCAAAAAGUUAUGUUGAGGCUUUAACUGACGCAGACUGGAUUAAUGUUAUGCAAGCUGAACUAAAUGAAUUUGAAAGAAAUAAAGUUUGGCAUCUGGAACCUAGACCUAAAGACAAGAAGUUCAUUGUACUAAAAUGGGUAUUCAGAAACAAACUAGAUGAACAUGGUAUUAUUGUCAGGAACAAAGCUAGACUAGUUGUACAAGGUUUCAACCAGCAAGAAGGAAUUGACUAUGAAGAAACAUUUGCACCUGUAGCCAGGUUUUAG